AUGAUUGGAGUGAAGAAGCCACACAGAUUCCGUCCCGGAACGGUGGCGCUAAGAGAGAUCAGGAAGUACCAGAAGAGCACUGAGCUUCUAAUCCGCAAGCUCCCGUUCCAGCGCUUGGUUCGCGAGAUCGCUCAGGAUUUCAAGACAGAUCUGCGUUUCCAGAGCAGCGCCGUCGCAGCUCUCCAGGAAGCGGCUGAAGCUUACCUCGUCGGUCUGUUUGAAGACACCAACCUUUGCGCGAUUCACGCCAAGAGGGUAACCAUCAUGCCCAAGGACAUCCAGCUUGCGAGGAGGAUCAGAGGCGAGAGAGCUUGA